AUGUCGCUCUUUAAAUCUUUACAGAACAGCCCUAGGAUUAUAAGCGUUUUCACGCACGACGUAGGAUUCAAACCGGCUUCUUCGAUCUUGCAAGAACUCCGGGCAGACCAGAAUCCAAAAUUUGACAUUGAAGUACACACCAAGUUUCCUACACUCGACCAGUUGAAGUACAUGCAGACUAUUAAUGCGAGCCUAGUGGGCAAGCAGGUGCCCCAUCUCGGCACUCUUUUGACCAAAUCCUCGUCGAACAGUGUCUUCGGACAGGACUUAGGGGACAGCGUAAAGGCCGGCAACUGGAACUCGAAGACUGCGCUGUGGGUGGACUGGGAGAAAAAAAAGAUGGGAACAGAUGCGCAGAGUGUCGAGAAGGCACUGCGGCCGCAGUGA